UUCAUCUACAAAUUCACAGUCCAUACACUAUAACUUCCACCACCCUCUACUUUUCAUAUCUUGACACAAUGAGCCAAGAUAAACAAAGCCUAACCGGAAUCGAAGAUUCCACCAACCAACCAACCACCCUCUUCAAGAAACACAGAAAAAUAUUCUUCACUCUCUUCGCUUCACUACUUAUCAUCGGCGCCAUAAUCGGCAUUGUCGCCGGAGUAAAAACAAACAACAAAACCGACACCGUAUCAGCUUCCUCACCCUCCCACGCCAUAAUCAAACACUCAUGCAGCACCACACGUUACCCAGAUUUAUGCUUCUCAGCUGUAGCUUCUGUCCCCGGAGUUACAUCCAAACUGGUAACCCUAAAAGACGUCAUCGAAAUUUCUUUAAACCUAACGACCACAGCCGUUGAACAUAAUUAUUUCACGGUGGAGAAGCUUACGAAGAGAAAAGAUUUAACCAAACGAGAAAAAACUGCUCUGCAUGAUUGUUUGGAGACUAUUGACGAGACUCUUGACGAGUUACAUGAAGCCAUGGAGGAUUUAAACGAGUACCCGAAUAAAAAAUCUCUCGUUCAACAUGCAGAUGAUCUCAAAACUUUGUUAAGUUCAGCUAUUACUAAUCAAGAAACUUGCUUAGACGGGUUUUCUCACGACAGCGCUGACAAGAAAAUUCGAGAGGUUUUAUCAGAUGGUCAGCGUCAUGUUGAGAGAAUGUGUAGUAAUGCUUUGGCCAUGAUCAAGAAUUUGACUGAUACUGACAUUGCUAACGAGCUUAAGCUGUCGGGGACGAAUAAUAGGAAGUUAAAGGAGGAGGUGGGUACUGACCAAAGUGGGUGGCCGGAGUGGUUGUCGGCCGGUGAUAGGAGGUUGUUGCAAUCUUCUUCUGUUACGCCAAAUGUGGUGGUGGCGGCGGAUGGUAGUGGUGAUUUUAAGACGGUUUCAGAUGCGGUUAAGGCUGCUCCGUCGAAGAGUAGUAAGCGGUAUGUGAUUAGGAUUAAGUCGGGGACUUACCGGGAAAAUGUGGACGUGUCGAAGGAUAAACAUAACAUAAUGUUUUUGGGAGAUGGGAGAAAAACUACUAUUAUUACAGGAAGCAAGAAUGUUGUUGAUGGAAGCACCACUUUUAAUUCUGCUACUGUUGCUGCGGUGGGUAAAGGAUUCCUAGCCAGAGGUGUAACAUUCCAAAACACCGCCGGACCGUCGAAGCACCAAGCAGUAGCCCUAAGGGUCGGCGCCGAUCUCGCAGCUUUCUACGAAUGCGACAUGAUAGCCUACCAAGACACCCUCUACGUCCACUCAAACCGUCAGUUUUUCAUUAACUGCUUCAUCGCUGGAACAGUCGAUUUCAUCUUCGGAAACUCCGCCGUCGUCUUACAAGACUGCGACAUCCACGCCCGUCGACCGAAUUCCGGCCAGAAAAACAUGGUCACAGCUCAAGGCAGAAGCGACCCUAAUCAGAACACCGGAAUCGUAAUUCAAAAAUCAAGAAUUGGCGCUACCGGCGACUUAAGAUCCGUUCAGGGGAGUUUUCCGACGUACUUGGGCAGACCGUGGAAAGAAUAUUCAAGAACUGUUGUCAUGCAGAGUGAUAUUAGUAACGUGAUUCAUCCUGACGGUUGGUUUCCGUGGAGUGGAAAUUUUGCGUUGAACACAUUGUUUUAUGGAGAGUAUCAGAACCGUGGCACCGGUGCCGGAACGUCCAAGAGAGUUGGGUGGAAAGGGUUUAAGAUGAUAACUAGUGCGACUGAAGCUCAAGGUUUUACUCCGGGGAAGUUCAUCGCCGGUGGCAGUUGGUUGAGUUCAACUACUUUUCCGUUCUCUCUUGGUCUUUGAAUAUAGAGAAAUAUUGAUUUCUUGGAGAAUAAGUUUCAUUUAGUUAUUUAGCUAAAUAGGUUUUGAUUUGUGUGUUUUGAUGAAGAGCGGCUAUUUAUGUGUAUUGUUGAUCGAUUUAAAAUAAAUAAGCCUGUGAAGAUUAAUUCUCUUCAAGUUUACAAUUCAUUUGAGAUUUAAUUAAAAUAAUAAUAUAUUGGAUUGUAGUA